CCUUUAUAAUCUGUGGCAGUGAUGGUAGGUGGGUGUCGUGUAUUUUUAGGUUAUGUGAUGUAAAAAAUGAAUUUGUAAAAUAUAACAAAAUUUGACUAAAAAUGAAAUUUCCUCAUGUUAUGGAGCCAAUGAUUAUAACAAUACCUGCUAUUCUACUCUGCUGCACAUUACUACUCUGGAAACUUCUUUCUAAUUUGCGGUCAUUUAUACCUUGGAGAGUAAACUGUUGGUUCUGCAAUAAUAAUGUCUGGGUCAAAUUUACCGAACGUAACAGUUGGACGUGCUCAGAAUGCGACCAGUACAAUGGGUUUACGAAGGACGGUGAUUAUAACAAAGCGCUGUGUACAAACACUGAACAAGUUUCUAAAAGUCCCAAGUUUUUCCAAAGAAGCCCACCCAAGAAUGGUCUAUGCAAGAUGUGUAAUAUUAACCAACAACUCAAGGUGACACAAUUGGCUAAUUUCGUGCCCAUGAAUGAGAAGAAAUAUGAUGAAGAGAUCAACUCCUACAGAAUGCAGUUAGAAAAAGCAUACAAAUUGUGCAGCCCCUGUAAGAAAGUCCUACAAAAGAAACUGCACAAGGAGAAAGAAUCACUGUUAUGUUCAAAAUUAUUAGAGACAAGAGCUUCAGGCAAAAGUGAUCAGAGGAGCCAAAAACAACAUAAACUCAUAAAGAAAAUAAUAAAUAAUACUUCUAGGCUAAUUGCUAUAAUUUUGGUAGUUCUGGUCGCAAUUGAGUGCCAUGAAAAUGCUUUGAAACACCAGACUUUAUCAAACACAAUAUACAAUGUUAAAGAAAUUAUUUGGACCCUCGUACAGAGAAUUUUUUCUAUCAUAAAAAUGAAGACAUUACUUACAUUCCCAUCAUUAGCAGAUCCAAAUUUUGACUUAUAUAUUAUAGAUAUAGAGAUAUUUACAAGCUUUAUUGGACUCAGUGACUUGAUGCAGAUAGCAUUGGGAGGCGUUGUAUGUUUUUUACAGAUUAUAGGACAUUUUUGGAAUAUAAACAAAGCACAAUAUAGUAUAGUAAUUGACCUGCUCUGGUCGGUUUUCGUACUGACUGCAAUAGUACAAGAGUAUUUGACUACAGAUCCUUUAAUCAUGAGCUUAAUUAAAUUAUUUAGUACAAUGGCCGUGUUACUUGUCUAUAUAAACUUAAGUAACAACAAGACUGUUAAAAAUGUUACAAGAAAACCGAAUUCACAAAAGAAGUUUAAGAAGACAAAUGCUGCACCCAAGAAACUUUUUGAUGAUGAAGAUAAUAUAUCUUUGGAUACCGAUGACGAUGUGUCACUCAGCCAAUUUGGAUUGCACAGCUUUACCGAUUCAUCCAACGAAACGAGUAUGCUAAACCAUAGUCUUAUAAGUGGUAGAUCUUUUACUCCCCACAACGAUUCAAUAUGGAACAAACCGAAACAUAACUCAACCUUUUCAGUAAAUUCAGUCGCAUCUAGCCCUAAAUCUUUCGCUGAUUCUGUUUUCGUUAAACCUUCUUUCAACAACUACCAAAAGGUAGACGAUUCUGAUUCAGAUUUAGAUGAAAGCAUAAGUUCUUUGUGUAUUAGCAGCCCGAAAAAGAGAAGCUUCAAAAUCAACCCGGUCUUUGCUUUACGUAAGUUCACAGCGUCGCCAAACUUCGUUGUGCCGACUCCUUUGAAUCGUUCCAGGCCAGUUAUAUCGCCAAGUAAAUUGGGUCACAGUACCUCAUGGGUGGCUGGGGGUUACUGGGGCAAUGAAGGUGAACGUCCAUUGAUAUUCAACGUUAAUGGAAGCCGUUCGUCUAGCCAAAGUUCGGGGUUUGAGUCUCAAACAUCUAGUUUAAACCAACGGAACAUUUUCUCUCAACCUCCGUCGCGAGAGGAGUCAAUUUGCGGGGAGCCAUAUAAGCAUCUACUGUUAGAUCGGUUCCAAAACUGCAAUAUGAAUAGCUACAAUCAGAGUCCUCCAAUUUUCGCGCCCUCGAACACCCCAGUGUUUCCUCAAAUGCAAUAUAAUAGUCACGUACAAUUACCUCAACCGAGAUUAGCUCAACAAACAUAUGUAUCUCAGAAUGUGUAUGCAAGUCAACAGUUUGCGCCGAACAGUAUGUUCAAAGCCCCUGGUGGGUAUAGACUGAUCAAACUGCCUCAAGACAACUUUGUGUCUCGAUAAGGUGGCAAACAUAAAACACUACACGACACGCGACUUAUGUCUAAUUACAUUAUUCGUCAAUAUAUUAUCGCAAUAAAGCGUAUUUACGUUCUAUGAGUUCUAUAUCGUCAGAAGAUAGUCACACGACCAUAAAUAACUUAUCUUCGUCUUAUUCUGUUUCGGUGAAUGGUUAUCUUCGGUUUUUCUAUUUCUUUUUGUUUUUAAUAUUAUUUUUUUCUAAAUAUUAAGUGCGAAAAGCGAAAAGUGGCUUUGCACCUGCAGCAUCAACUGUAAAUAACAAUUUCGUCGUGGUCAAGUGCUCGUACUAUGAUAAAGCAAUUCACGGCGUGAAUUUCUUCAAUAUUAUGAAAAGAGAAGCCUAUGUUUGUUUCUUAAGUUCUGUAAGCGAGAAAGCCGAUAGGUUUUUGUUAUCAUGUCGGUUAUUUAUUGUGAGGGUAGUUGAAAUUUUUCGAUUGUAACUUAAAGCUCAAAAGGGCUAGAUCCUAGAGCCGUAUAGAUUGAAAAAAAAAUUGAUCGCGCGUUGUGUAAUUGUAAUCGUGUCGGAUAUUGUUUGUGAGGGUAGUUAAUGAAAUAUUUCGAUUGUAACUUUAAGCUCAAAAGGGCUAGAUCCUAGAGCCGUAUAGAUUGAAAAAAAAAUUAUCGCGCGUUGUGGAACUUUGUUUGAGUCGGAUGGUGUUUUAUGUCUGCCAGAGUCUGUAUGCUCAACUGCUAGUCAGAUUGGCAUAGUAACUAUUGCAUUCAACUAACACUUAGCCUUUUAUUCUUUGAUUGUUUUUUUUAUUUUCAUGAACUGCCAUUAUGUUAAGGUACAUCGUUAUAGUAUUACAUUCAUUAGUAUAUAAGCGGUUAUUAGAUAUAAAUGAGUGAACUUAGCUGUAAGUGUAUCUGCUGAUCUCUGUUGGAUGGUGCCGGUUGCCGGCCAUUUAUGAAAACAUUAAGAAUUAUUCUAUUGUUACAAUUUUUAUACGGACGUCACUGUCCUCACGAACUGAAUGUGAUAUUUAAAGACUAGUAAUUUUUUGCAAAAAGUGAAAGAAAAAAUGAUUCUUGAUGUCAUCAUUGUUUUGAUUUUGUGAAGCUCCUGAAAUUAAAAAUAAUAUAAACAUCA